CAUCAAAUAUGAUUUGGGAAGUAAGGUCGGCAAAAGAAAACGGGAACAACCAAUAGACGCCACUCCGGACUCCGCCGUCGUUCCUCCUUCUGCUCCAUUUCGAUUUCCAUGGCGCCUGUGACUGUUCGAGCCACAGGCGCCAUUCUCGCGGCCAUCUCUGUUUCCAUGGUCCUCUUCUCUUACUUCCUCGGUAAGCACCACUCGAAGAAUUCUUCCAGCAAGAGGAAGACAAAGCCCUCCUCUGCAAUUGCAUCGAAGACAACUCCAAGAAAUGGGCUGGUCGACGCCAUUGGCAAUACCCCUUUGAUACGGAUUAACAGCCUCUCUGAAGCCACCGGUUGUGAGAUUCUUGGGAAGUGCGAGUUCUUGAAUCCGGGUGGAAGUGUGAAAGACAGAGUUGCAGUUAAGAUCAUUGAAGAGGCCUUAGAAUCUGGUAAGCUAGUUGAGGGUGGUGUAGUUACAGAGGGAAGUGCUGGAAGCACUGCCAUAAGUCUUGCUACAGUUGCUCCUGCUUAUGGUUGCAAGUGCCAUGUGGUUAUUCCAGAUGAUGCUGCUAUUGAGAAGUCUCAAAUACUUGAAGCACUGGGAGCAUAUGUUGAAAGGGUAAGACCGGUGUCGAUUACGCACAGAGAUCACUUUGUUAACAUUGCUAGGAGGAGAGCUGCAGAAGCCAAUGAGCUAGCUUUGAAGCAUAAAAAAGAAGAGCAAUCAUGUGUGAAAGGCCGGGAACAAAUCAAUGGUCACAUGUAUGAGGGAGAAACCCAAGAUUCAUCUUGCUCAAGUAAUUGCAAAGGUGGUUUCUUUGCUGAUCAAUUUGAAAACCUGGCAAAUUAUCGAGCCCACUAUGAGGGUACGGGACCGGAGAUUUGGGAACAAACUGGUGGGCAUGUAGAUGCAUUUGUUGCAGCUGCAGGAACUGGUGGCACAGUGGCUGGUGUUUCCAGGUUUCUCCAGGAGAAGAAUCCAAAUGUCAGGUGUUUCCUCAUAGAUCCUCCUGGUUCUGGCCUGUUUAACAAGGUGACAAGAGGAGUUAUGUACACUAAAGAAGAGGCUGAAGGACGAAGGUUAAAGAACCCUUUUGACACAAUAACUGAAGGAAUUGGAAUCAACAGAUUAACGCAGAACUUUUUGAUGGCAAAACUCGACAGUGCAUUUCGUGGAACAGACCGGGAAGCCGUUGAAAUGUCAAGAUAUCUGUUGAAGAAUGAUGGGCUCUUUCUUGGGAGCUCUUCGGCCAUGAAUUGUGUAGGAGCUGUGAAAGUGGCACAGUCAAUAGGCCCUGGUAAAACCAUUGUCACGAUUCUGUGCGACAGUGGAAUGAGGCAUCUCAGCAAGUUUUUCAGUGCAGAGUAUCUGAGUCAAUACGAUUUGACGCCCAAGGCUACUGGAUUAGAAUUUAUAGAAUCCAGGUGACAUGAUAGAAUUUAUAGAAUCCAGGUGACAUGAUAGGCCCGUGACUUGCGAGCGAGCCUCAAAAUGUCGGGUUAAAGAACAUGGAGGUUCGUUCGAGUCAUAACACACUACAUUCAAAUUCGAGGAGGGUGUUGAUGAGAGUAAUUCAUCUAGUGAUUCAGUUUUGUUAGAUUGAGGCAUUGUUGUUGGGGAGAUUAAAACAUUCAAUGAUUAGUCAACAAAAUAGUUCCAGUACAAAAUUUAUUA